GGGGCAAUCGAGCUCUCUUCCUCUCUCUCAAUCUCGACCCUUCUUGUCUUCCACAGUUACAGAUUUCCCUCCAUAAUCACAAUUCCCAACCACAGCAUCGACAAACCUUUGCGCAUUCUCUGUAAUAUCUUUCAGGGAUCUGCCAAAGCGUCACGUCUUUGCAAUUUCAUUCAUUUUCAAACAAUAAUAGCAGGAUCGACUCGGCACAUUCGUCGAACUACGAACAACCUUGAGACGGACUGUGCGAUCCGAAAGAGAUUCGACAUCUAUAUGGGAUUGGGUCAAUAACUUGGGGUUUAGAGCAGGCUGAGCUAGGUAUUAAGAGUUACAGAGGGAAGGCUCUCGAAACAUCACCAUUGUCUCCAUAGACAAAUAUACUUAAACUCCGCCUUAUUUCAAUAAUAUCACCUUCUCUACGACAUUACACGUUUCUACCAAGAAGGAGGAUUGUUGUGUUGCAGCGCAAUUCCAAAGUUGCAUUGCCCAGAAAAGGCAUUGAUUCUACAAUCCUAAAAUUCUAUCCACUCCCGCUAUCCAUCUCGCUCCUCACCAUUCAAAAUGUUUUUCCUCUACAAUCUUGAGCGUCAGGUCACCCUGCACCCAUCGUACUUUGGUCGCAAUAUGCAUGAGUUGGUGACUGGCAAGCUAUUGAAAGAUGUUGAAGGAACAUGUACCGGUCUCUACUACAUCAUCACAAUUAUGGACACCUUCAACAUUUCCGAAGGAAGAAUCCUUCCAGGAAGUGGAUUGGCUGAGUUCACUGUUGGAUAUCGUGCUGUAGUGUGGAGACCCUUCAAGGGCGAGACUGUCGAUGCUAUUGUAACCUCAGUCAAUGCUGUCGGGUUUUUUGCGGAUGCUGGUCCUUUGCCCCUCUUUGUAUCUGCACAUCUCAUUCCUCGUGACAUCAAAUUCGAUGCAAAUGCGACACCACCCCAAUUUACAAACAAUGAAGACUCUGUCAUUGAGCCAGGCACUCAUGUCCGAGUAAAGAUUAUCGGUACAAGACCUGAAGUCGGAGCCAUGUUUGCCAUUGGCAGUAUCAAAGAGGAUUAUCUUGGCUGUUUGCAAGCCUCGUGAUCCUUGAUAUAAUUCAGCCUCAACUAAACCCUCAACACCUUUCAAGCACAUUUCAGUCAUAACUUCAGAUCUUUAUGAUUUGAGACCUAAGCUUUCUUGGACACACCACUAUUGUCAUUUCAUGGAGAUAUGACCUACCCCAGAAGAUCAGCUCAAUCAAAGGCUUUGAGCUCUGAGGUUUAAUAAAGUCUACCAGCUUCCUUAUGGCAGGAAUUUGGGUGAACUCAAUGUUAUAAAUGGAUCGAUGAAUGAAUAUCUAUCUUACAAGUAUUUCUGCUAGUAUUGUUUGGUGAUUGAUUCUGUGAAAUUCUAGCUAGGUACUUUCAUUUUCUUGGUUCAAUGGUCAGAUCACGAUGUCAAACAUUUUUCUGAUCGAAUUUACCACAUCAUGCAUUUAAACUUUAUUCUAAGGAUAGCACAAUCUUGACCCCAUUUAUCA